CCGAGGCCCGGCUCCCCGCUCGGGCCUCGGAGUGGGAGGCCGAGCUGCAAGCGCCCGGCAUGCCCGAGGUGAGCUUCGUGAAGGAUGCCCAGCUGCAGACGGCCGCCAUCUCCCUGUGGACCGUGGUGGCGGCGGUGCAGGCGGUGGAGCGCAAGGUGGAGGCGCACGCCGCGCGGCUGCUGAGCCUGGAGCGGCGCUCGGGCGUGACGGAGAAGAGGGUGGUGGAUUGCGAGAAGACCAUGGUGGAGUUCGGCAACCAGCUGGAGGGCAAGUGGGCCGUGCUGGGCACCCUCAUCCAGGAGUACGGGCAGCUGCAGAGGAGGCUGGAGAGCAUGGAGAGCCUGCUGCGGAGCAGGAACUUCUGGGUCGUGAGAGUCCCCCCGGCCGGCAAGGGAGAAGACCCAAAGGUCCCGGUGGCGUUUGAUGAAGCCUCGGUCCAGUUUCCCCGGGAGAAGUGGGAGAACUUAGAAGACUGGCAGAAAGAGCUGUACAAGAACGCGCUGAAGGGCAGCUAUGAGCCCUCGAUCUCAGUAGACCACACAAUCUCCAAGCCUGACAUUUUAUCACGGGUUGAACCAGGGGAAGAGCCCCACAUCAGGGAGCAGCAGGACUUGGAGGUGAGAGAAGUCCCCACAGGACCUAGUGCAGGUGUUGCUCAUCAUGACUUCCUACCUGUCCCACCGGAUGCCAGCUGUACACAGCCCAGCACAGAAUCUUCUGUUUCUACCACGGAGAUUAUCUCGUGGAUUAAACGAGAGGAGGAGCUAAGUGUCCGGGCUCAAGGGCGUUCAAAGGAACCAGACGUUCACAAAAGCACUUCCACCACCGACGAUGGGAUUUUGAUCAAACAUGAGAAGCCUCCUCAAGAGAAAGGUCCUAUGCACCAGGAACCAACCCUGCCCUUACCAGGGAGACUGGAGGCACACGUGUUCCCAGAAGCCGGCCAUGAGAAUCAACCCAGCUCAAACCCGCAGCCCCUUUCAAGCCAGACCCCGGCCGCCGGUCGCCUGGGGGAGUGCACGCAAGGCGAAGCCGAGUUCGGGCAGUUCCCGACCGCUGCCGCCCAGCCGGGGAGCCACGCAGAUGAGACGCCGUAUCUGUGCAGCGAGUGCGGAAGAUCCUUCUCCCGCGAGGACGCCUUCCUGUCCCACCAGAGCGCCCACGCGGGCACUGCGCCUGCCCCCUGCCCGGAGGGUGAGAAGCCGUUCGCUCCAUCGGCCGACAUGGGCAGUCAUGCCCGCAUCAUCAGCGGAGAGAGGCCAUGCACGUGCCCGCAGUGCGGAAAGACCUUCCCCCACCCAUCCCAGCUCGCGUCCCACGCCCGGGCCCAUGCAAGCGAGUCGCUCUACCCGUGUCCAGAGUGCGGGAAGAGCUUCAGCCUCAAGCUCAGCCUGCUGCUCCACCAGCGAAACCACACCAGGGACCGGCCCUACCAGUGCUCCGAGUGCGGCGUGCACUUCAACGGCCACUCGGGGCUGCUCCGCCACCAGAUGAUCCACACCGGCGAGAGGCCUUACAAGUGCCCGGACUGCGGGAAAGGCUUUCUGCGCAAGGAGCACCUCCUCAACCACCAGCGCCUGCACACGGGGGAGCGCCCCUUCCAGUGCGCCGCCUGCGGCAAGAGCUUCAUCCGCAAGCACCACCUCCUCAAGCACCAGCGCAUCCACACAGGGGAAAGGCCGUAUCAGUGCGCCGAGUGCGAGAAGAGCUUCCGCUACAAGCAGUCGCUCAAGGACCACCUGAGGACUCAUAGUGCGGAGCAGGGCCAGGCUGACACCUCCCACAGCCUGCUGCAGGACAUCGAGGCCGGGCUUCUGGACGUUAAACUGGAGAACGCCUGGUAGCUUGAGUGAAGAGAGGGGCGUGGGGGGCCAUCAGUAGGCGCGUUGGCUCCAGCACAGCCGAACGGUUAUCACGCCAGUACAGCAUGGUAGUAAGUAGAAGGUCAGACUUCCCUGCCACGCAAAAACAACCCUUGAGCUUUUGACUAGGGGGGACAGGACUCGCCCGGUGCAGAAAGGAGUAGAGCAGAGACGUGGUCUGCUCUCGGGGCCUCUCCCCACCCAGCGAGCUCGCCUCGAUGAAGAAGAUGGCUUUUUAUUUUGUGUGCAUCUUGCUCCUCCUGGAAGACCUUCCCAGUCAUCGCUUAUCUCACUGCUUCUGUUAGUCUGCAGUACACACCAUCCACUCCACUUGUUAAAAAAAAACAACUUCCUGCAUUUUUUUUAGUGUUUUGUUUGAGCAGUCAGAACUUUCCCCGAAUCCCUGGACUUUUACUGAAAGCAAAAAAACCCCCAAAAAAGUCAGAUGUGACCCAAGAGCCACAACUGGGCAAACCUGAGCACUGCACGCCCAGCUCUGAGAACUGAGUGGCUUUUGAAAAACAGACAACUAGAGCUGAGCUGAUACUACUAACUCUGCUUUCUGUAAGCUUAUCAAGUGCUGUAGGCAUGCCUAACACUGCCAGGAUGGAUGGCAGCGUGAAGUGCCAGGCCACUUUAUUUAUAAACCAAACAUUUAUUAGAAAGUGGUUUUCAGUCAACAGAGGCAUCGUUCUGUUUCGUCUCCCAGAAAAGAGGAGUUGGUUCCAGUUCAUCAGUCUCAUAAGCUCUAACGACUGGAUACAGAAAUGGGAUUUUGGGAUAGGGGAGGGGAAAACACCAGAAUGAUGUAAAAAUAAUGGCAAUAGAGUUUGUUUUUAACAUUUUCUCCAGCUAGCAAUGCUGCUGCCGUGUGUCCCUAUCGCUAACCCCCCUCCAAGGAUGUGGAGACCUCCUGCUUGCCUGUGGGGCUGCAUGUACAUAGAUUCCCUUCAGGAUCCCGUGCUUUCCCUUCACUGGUAAAAAGCAUAAAACUGGUGCAUUCUGUUUACCUCUGCUGAAGUCAUGGAGUAAGGGUGAAAAAAGCAUGUGCACGUGCUCGCAUACAGCACUUGUUUCCACCCCGCGUGGGCACUCGCCCGGCUGACUGUGCUGCACUAAGUCCAGGCUCUAGUUGCAAGUGUGAGCCGACGGCUGUGGCUUUGUCAAGCCCUUUUGAAGCCAGAGGGCUCUGCACAGGCCCUGCUGUCUGUCCCCAUGGGAGAUGCAGCAGGGCCAGGGCUGGGGUUUCAUUUGAGGCCGUGCACUAAGUGCAGAUCUGGCUCCCGCUGAAGCCAGUGAGCUUUUGGUUGGCUUUGAAUGAGGAUGCCGGCAUGCUGAAAGCCAGGAAGCUCAGCACACGCCCAAAACACUUGUAUGAAGCGACUCUGACCUGCUCAGCCCAGUGCGGGUUUCCUCGGGGGUGCACGUCGGGUGGCAUUUCUUUUGGUUUGGUUUCUUGCUCUGCUGUGGUUGUCUGGCUUUCGACUCGGCACGCAAGGAGCCAAAGUCCCGAAAGAAAGUCUCCGAUGGGCUUUCCACAGGGUUGGGACCUCCUGCAGCUGACCAGUAGCUUGUGAGCAGACAAGCUGAAAACUGGGGGUACUUGCUAAUACUUAUCACAGCUGGCUGCCAGGAAGCACCAGGGGCUGGGAGGAGUGUGCUCUGUGCUUCUUGGGGCUUAAAGAAGCCAUUGUCAUGUAAUUCAGGGCAAAAAAAAAAAAAUCUCUUUUUUUUUUUAAAAAGAUGACACUGUAUGCUGGGGGAGCUGGCCUUAUUUCAGGAGAAAAUUGGCCUGAGUCCUGAGAGCUUUUGAGUACUUGAAAUGCUCUCAGGAUACAGCCAGUUGUUGGCAGCUGGGCUAGAAAAAUAUCACUCCUAGUGAUCGCUGUCAGUCAUUGAGGCCACAGUUCUCCUUCAGUCUCAAUCAAGUGACUGUACGUACAUUCCUGUUUACCACCCUUCUCCUUCGGGCUGCUGUAGAAAGUAGGCGAGACAGCAGAGAAGACCUUUCAGGGUAUAAUCAUUGUAUGAUUUAUUUUUUUUUGCAUAAAGGGGAUGCUAUAUUAAUAAUGCAAAUCACUGUCAACAGAUCAAGGCGACCUUGUGUGAAUUCUCUUUGCUUCUGCAUAAGCUGCCGACAGUGGAGUGUACUUGGCAUAAAAGCUUGUGUGUUAUCUUGACUUUUAUGGACCAAUAAAUGGUGCUAUUGCAUUUACUCUUUUGAUUCUGUCGAACUGCCU